GCAGGAAGCAUUCGCAUUCUGAAUCGCCCUUCUUAUCGCUAAAUGGCCCAGAUUCGUAAAAGAUUUUCAUCGAAAUAAUAUGUUUCUGAUCACUGGUAAAAUUUUAGUAUAAUGUGAAACGGACCAAGUUUGUCCACAAGAACUCGAGAGGUGAUCCGCCCCCCACUCUCUAUUGCACUAUUCUCUCUCUCUCUCUCUCUCUCUCUCUCUGCACCAGCAGCAACAUCAUUUUAAAAAACGACGUGGAAAUCCCAUCACGUAACUUGGCAUCUCACCUCAAAACGCAACCUCUCCCUCUCUCUCUCUCUCUCUCUCUCUCUCUCUAAACUACUAUAUAUAACAUGCAUACUACACUUCAUUUUCGACAUACCCCAAAACACAACGCCAAAACUGCCCAACCAAAAUUUAAAAAAAAGGGAAAAUGCAUCACAAGCACUCACACACUCAUUUCUCACUCCUAGUGCUCUCCCUAACCCUCUUAUGUCUAUACGCUCGCACUGGACACUCCAGACCCCCGUUCGCGUGUGACCCGCACAACGCGGAGACUGGGAACUUACCCUUCUGCCGGGAAUCCCUGCCGAUCCGCGAUCGCGUGCAGGACUUGAUCGGACGACUGACGUUGCAGGAGAAGAUCAGAUUGUUGGUUAACAAUGCCAUAGCCGUGCCGAGGCUCGGGAUUAAAGGGUACGAAUGGUGGUCCGAGGCUCUCCAUGGGGUUUCCGACGUGGGGCCAGGGACCAAGUUUGGUGGGGCCUUUCCUGGGGCCACUAGUUUUCCUCAAGUCAUCACAACCGCUGCUUCCUUUAAUGCUUCGCUUUGGGAACAGAUCGGACGGGUGGUAUCGGAUGAAGCAAGAGCUAUGUACAAUGGGGGAACGGCUGGGUUAACGUACUGGAGCCCAAAUGUGAACAUAUUCAGAGACCCCAGAUGGGGCAGGGGCCAAGAAACUCCCGGCGAAGACCCCGUUUUGGCCGGAAGAUACGCUGCCAGUUACGUCAGGGGACUGCAGGGCAACGCCGCCGGCAACCGCCUGAAGGUUGCUGCUUGCUGUAAACACUACACUGCCUAUGACCUCGAUAACUGGAACGGUGUCGAUCGGUUCCAUUUCAAUGCAAGGGUGAGCAAGCAGGAAUUGGAGGAAACAUAUAAUGUUCCAUUUAAAGCAUGUGUGAUGGAAGGGAGGGUUGCAAGUGUGAUGUGCUCUUACAAUCAGGUCAAUGGCAAACCCACCUGUGCUGACCCUGAUCUCCUCCAAAACACCAUCCGCGGCCAAUGGCACCUCAAUGGAUACAUAGUCUCAGAUUGUGAUUCGGUUGGUGUUUUAUACGACACCCAACACUAUACGGCCACACCAGAAGAUGCGGCUGCAGCCACCAUCAAAGCAGGCUUGGAUUUGGACUGUGGGCCUUUCCUAGCGAUCCACACAGAGUCGGCCAUACGGGCAGGGAAACUGAGCGAGGCCGAUGUUAAUGGGGCCUUGGCCCAUACACUUACGGUCCAAAUGCGAUUGGGCAUGUUCGACGGAGAGCCAUCUAGGCAGCCCUUUGGGAAUCUAGGCCCAAACGAUGUCUGCACCCCGGCCCACCAACAACUGGCCCUCGAGGCGGCCCGGCAAGGCAUUGUGCUGCUACAGAACCGUGCGCGGUCGCUGCCACUCUCCACCGCCCGCCACCGGACUAUCGCUGUUAUCGGUCCCAAUUCCGACGUCACCGUCACCAUGAUCGGAAACUAUGCCGGAGUUGCAUGUGGUUACACUACUCCUCUACAAGGCAUAGCUAGAUAUGCGAAGACAGUUCACCAGUCGGGCUGCAACGGCGUUGCUUGCCCCGAUAACCAGCUCUUCGGGCAAGCUGAGACCGCGGCCCGCCAGGCCGACGCUACGGUCCUAGUGAUGGGCCUUGACCAAUCAAUAGAAGCGGAAUUCAAGGAUCGGGUUGGGCUCCUAUUACCUGGACACCAACAAGAGCUCGUGUCCCGAGUCGCCACUGCUUCGAGAGGUCCGGUGGUUCUGGUCUUGAUGUCCGGUGGGCCUCUUGAUGUUUCUUUCGCCAAAAAUGACCCCCGUGUUUCGGCCAUUUUGUGGGUUGGUUAUCCAGGCCAGGCUGGGGGAACUGCGAUCGCUGACGUUUUAUUUGGAAGAACCAAUCCAGGAGGAAAGCUCCCCAUGACAUGGUAUCCACAAGACUACUUAGCCAAGGCCCCAAUGACAGACAUGGCCCUGCGGGCUAACCCAUCAAGAGGCUAUCCGGGUCGAACCUACCGGUUCUACAAGGGCCCGGUUGUGUUUCCAUUUGGGCUUGGGCUAAGCUACACCAAUUUUGCCCACGAGAUAGCCAAUGCUCCAACCGCGGUUUCGGUACCUCUGGCAACCCUCGACAGGCUCAAAAAUUCGACCACAUUUAGCAAUGGCGUAAGGGUCAAGCACACAAACUGUGACGCCCUUUCGCUAGGAGUAGAUGUUGAUGUUAAAAACACCGGCGAUAUGGAUGGGACCCACUCGCUACUCGUAUUUUCGACUCCUCCUAUGGGGAAAGGGGAUCUAGAAAAGCAAUUGAUAGGAUUCGAAAAGGUACAUGUGGUGGCCGGCGGGCGACAGAGAGUUAGGGUUCACAUCGACGUAUGCAAGCACCUAAGCGUCGUCGACCAAUUCGGAAUUCGAAGAAUUCAAAUGGGUGAACAUAGUCUUCAUUUUGGGGAUAUUAAGCAUUCCAUCUCUCUCCAAGCAACAUUAGGUGACAUAAGAACAUAGUGAAAGCCAUCAAUAGGACUAUACCCAAGUGCCAAAAUGGCCUUUAGUUUUUUAAAAUGUUGAAUCCAAAGCAAGUGUAAAAAAAAAGGUAUGUUUCUUGGUUAUUACAAGCAAAAAAAGGGAAUAAAAUUAAAUAAAGCUGAAAAGAUAGUGUAAUAAUCUGGAUUGAUAGUUAUUGAAACUGUAAAUUAUUGCUUGAA